AAGAUUUUUUUUUGUAAAGUGAAUAUCGCAACUCCGUGAGUAAAUACGUUUCUAGUGAUUGCUGUGCGGUGUUCGAUGAGCGAAAACGAAAAGAAAAAAAAUCGCGUUUUUUUCAUUGAUGUCUUUAGUAAUUCGCGAAUUAAUUAGUAAUUUCCAAACGCCUGCAGCAUAUAGUUGUUACGUUGCUAAUUAUAUAUUUACAUAAGAAAAUUUAGCCAUUUAUACAACAAAUCAAAUAUAUAUACAAGAUAUUUUAAUAAAAUUGAAAUAACAUUUUGCUUCUUCUAUAUACCAUACACAUAAAUAUAUAUAAAUCUUGUUUCGUCAUUGGAUUUAAUAAAACGUAUACAAUUUUUUCAUUGCCUUGACCACAUCGAGUUGAAUAUAAUAUUGUUUUAAUCGGCACUGCGACCCGCAGAACACAGCAAAGAAAAUUUAAAUAAGAAAAAAAAAUGUUUUUAUAUUUUUGAAGUUUAUUAUUUUAUAUUUCUUAUGUUUUACAUUACAUGAUACGGUACGGUCGAAAAGAAAUCAACUGAUAUUGAUUUUCUCCGACUUUUACGAGCGAAAAUGGUUUUUUGAUAGUUUAAUGUAACCGCGAGUUUAUUUUUGCACAGCGAUAAAAAUCCAAUUUGCUUUAUAAUAUGAAUAUUGUGUGGUGCCUGUUUUUUUGUCUUUAGUUCUCAGUGAAUAAUAUAAUUUUGUGAGAUCGAAAAAUUGAAGAAAACGAAAAGACUUUGAAAACACACAAAUCCAUUAAACAUACUAUUAAAUGUGACAAUGUCGUCAACAUCCAGCAACAAAGAUAUUGUGCAAAAUACUGGUUCCAAUUCCAUCGAAGUGUCCGGAACUCCACCAACGCCAGGAUUUGCAAAAACAUCAGGACUAACGAAUUGGGCCGAUUCCAGUAGAUUUGAAGUCGCAUCGUCUGAUAAGCUAGCCGACCCUACGAAAUUGAACCGCAAAGAAUCGUACAAAGCACAGCGAAAAAAUUACAGACGAGAAAAGAAACGCGUUGCAUCGGAAUUGCUGAAUUCAUUACAAGAUCCAGCCAUUAUUGUAUUAGCAGAUUGGUUGAAAGUACGCGGUACAUUGAAAUCAUGGACAAAAUUGUGGUGUGUCUUGAAACCCGGCCUUUUGUUGCUGUACAAGAGUCCGAAAACCAAAAGCAGCCACUGGGUGGGCACAAUUUUAUUGACAUCUUGCCAGAUUAUCGAACGGCCGAGUAAAAAGGAUGGAUUUUGCUUUAAGCUUUUCCAUCCGUUAGAUCAGACAAUUUGGGCUCCACGCGGUCCAGACAAGGAAACAAUGGGUGCUGUAGUACAGCCGUUACCCACAGCAUACUUAAUAUUCAGAGCACCGAGUCAAGCUGCUGGUAAAUGUUGGAUGGACGCGCUGGAAUUAUCGCUGAGAUGUUCAGCUUUACUGUUACGAUCUGCUAGUAAUAGUGGUAAUAAUGCCGAACAUACGUUGAUCGGAACUGCGGAAACCAUGACCCAUGAGACGCAGUGGUCGGAAGCUGAUUACGAAAAACAUUUCUACGAUCACGCCAAAUACAUUCCGCCCACCCCGCCCGAAAAUCGAAUUUCGUCAAAUGACCUACGCCGUCAAAUUACAAAUAGCCCUUGUCCAUCUCCGACGCCAAUUUUUCAGAAACUUUACAUUGCCGUUUCGCAUUGGGAGCGGGUACUGGCUGAUUCGCCGAACAUGUUGCACGAAAAACAUAGAAUCAUAAAAGAUUUGGAAAGUCUCGGAGCGCAGAACAAUUGUUUCUUUCCGAAUCGCGAUGACGGUGACGAUACGGAUGAUGAGUGUAGCAAUGAACCGUCACCGAUUCGAUUUAGUGCGGAGAAUGUAAAUGCGAUACGACUUAUGGAUGGGAAAUUUUUCCAAAAGAGCAUUUCCAAUGACACUCAUGAUGGAGAUUCCAAUCAUUUGGACAUAGAUAGUCAAGGCGAUGGCGCAAAUGCAAUUAUGUCCGGUUUAGAAUCUGAAUCCGAGUCCGAAUGUGAGCCGGAAGAAGAAUUUGCAGAGACUCAAUACAUUCACUGUCCAGAAGAUGAGUUCGGAGCUGCCGGUGAACAAGUUGAAGAAUUAGCCGAUGAGCAUAAAAGUUUGAUUUGGUUUUUGGUCAAACAGGUUCGGCCGGGAAUGGACUUGAGCAAAGUCGUAUUGCCUACAUUUAUUUUGGAACCUCGUUCGUUUUUGGAUAAAUUAUCAGACUCGUAUUAUCAUGCGGACUACUUGUCGAAUGCCGUCCUAGAAGAUGAUCCAUUCAACCGUAUGAAAAUGGUAGUGCAAUGGUACAUGUCGGGAUUCUACAAAAAACCCAAAGGUUUAAAGAAGCCAUACAAUCCGAUUUUGGGCGAAACUUUCCGAUGUUACUGGGAACAUCUGAAUGGGAGUCGAACAUUUUAUAUUGCCGAACAGGUGUCUCACCAUCCACCCAUUUCAGCAUUCUACGUAACAAAUCGACAGGAUGGUUUCUCUAUCAGUUGCAGCAUGUUGGCUAAAUCGAAAUUUUAUGGAAAUUCCACAUCAGCCAUUUUAGAAGGAACAGCUGCUCUCACUCUUCUUCCACGCGGUGAAACGUACACGCUGACCAUACCGUAUGCACAUUGUAAAGGGAUAUUGAUGGGAACGUUAUCAAUGGAAUUGGGCGGCAAGAUUGCCAUCGAAUGUGAAAAUACCGGCUACAAAGCAGACGUCGAAUUUAAACUGAAACCAUUUUUGGGCGGAUCGGAAUACACGAAUUUGGUGACGGCACGCAUUAAGCUGGGAAAGGAGACGCUGGCUUCCAUUAACGGUCACUGGGAUGGCGAAAUAAAAAUAAAAGAUACGCGUAGCGGUGAAGAAUCGGUUCUGUUUGCACCGACAGCCGAUGUGCGCAGCAAACGUUUAAAACGCUUUACCGUACCGAUCGAAGCACAGGGACUAAACGAAUCGGAACGAUUAUGGCAACAUGUGUCAGCGGCGAUACAUCGAGAUGAUCAGGUAGCGGCGACGGAAGAGAAAACCGCUCUGGAAGAAUCACAACGAGCGCUGGUGAAGGAGCGUAAGGCAACAUGCACGGAAUGGACACCGAUAUUGUUUCAUCAAGACAUUGUCACUGGCCAGUGGCAUUAUAAGUGCGCCGAUUUACGUCCAUGGGAUCCAAGGAAUGAUCUUCGACAAUUUGAAAGCAAUUACAAAAUUCAAACGAAAACUCGUCAUCAGGCGCCAAUGGUCCGGACGGCCAGUAUCAUCAGUUCGGAGCCAAUCAUUUUACAAGCUGAUUCAAGAUCUUCUUUGGCAGCGCUAAAGAAAUCGAAACGAAUCCUCAGUCGUAAAAUUUCGACACCGGACUUGGUUGAUGCAUCUGAUUCUAGUCAUUCGAACGAACUCAGCGGCAAAGGCUCAAAAAUGCAGGACUCAAUUGACAACAUCAACAAGCAGUUGAUGGAACAGUCGAAAAAAAUUUCUUCACUUCAAUUAUCAAUCGAUCGGCUAAGUUUUGCACCGCGACAAACUAAUGCGGGCAACAUUCACAUUCAAACAGUUAUCUACAUCGGUAUCGGGCUGUUGAUUCAUUCGAUAGUUCUGUGGCUUAUUAUGCGGAAAUAAGCACUCUGUUGCGGAAUGGAAGUGGAGCCAUUUUUCGAAUAAAAUGAAAUAGACACGCUAUAUAAGACAUCUUCGCUUAUAUCUCUAGACAAUUAAAUUGUAAGUUUUCAAUGGAAUUAUGGGGACACAAAAUGUAUGGGGUCCAGUGGACAGGCUCCGAUUUACGUGUGGUGUUGAAUUUCGAUAUAUAUUACUGCACACAACAGUCAAAUAUGGUUAAUAGAUAACGUUUUGUGAUAAUUUCUUUGUUUUUGUUUGAAAUGGCAUAACUCUCACAUCCCCGCAAAUUUGAAAAGUACACACCAGUGGUAUACGUGAAGAGGCUACAUUUCAACACGGUCAAUAGCAAACGUCAGAUUUUUGAACGCUAAAUCCCCCACAAAAACACUAACGCUAAAUCCGUACGGCAACUGUCAACGAUAAAGGCUAAUGUAUAAGACGACCGAAAAUAAUGAAUUUUUCAUUCGACGGAUCAAACACCAGUGUGUAGCGCAUGACUUCAGGACUCCGGUAAAGUAAUUAGUUUUCGAAACGGACUUGUACUUGUAUUUGCCGAGCAAAAGUACUUGACGCCUAACACCUCUACUACCCAGAUUAUGGAGCUUGCGUACGCUUAGGAACGUUACUCUCAUGUCACACAUUGAGGAAAAAUCCUUUUUAGAAUUUGUCCUCACUGGGAUUGAAUCCGCAUUUUCUUAGUGGGAGGCCAGUACGUUACCACUGAGCCAACACGUUAUUUGAACGAUAAUGUCGUCUUAAAAAGUAUAAUAUCGUUACUGAUGAUGUUGACUGUGCAGAAAUGAACCAGUCACCCUGUACGGUUACAUUCGCUGAUACUUGAAAUUAACCACAGUUGCGUCGAUAAACGAGCACUACAUUUUCUGCGUUUGUUGAAUCUGUGUGGUACCUAGGCAAAGUAGAAAGGUCCAUAGCCUAAAAAUAGUUCAGUCAACAGUAGAAUUCUGAAAUUUGGACCAGUGGUUGCUAGCCUGUUUUAAAAACGAUUCACUUUGAAAAAGUACCAACCACCGCCCGAAGUUGGGUAGUACAGAGGCAAGUUUGACAAAUGUUUAAGUGCGCCCUGUUGCUCAAAUGGGACUCCAAUGAGUAAAAGUUGGCGGUUUUUUUUACGCAGCCGAAUUUUUUUUAGACCUUUUCACUUUACAAUCAGAUUGACUCCAGCGAUUUUGAUGAAAUUUUGGUGGCAGUUCGGGAGCAUGAUUCUAAGAGGUUUGGCUAAAAAAAUUGGUUUUAAAUGAUCUCGUUUAGGAUCAUCAGCUAGAGUAUUGGUUUCGUUGACAAAGUCUUGAACAUUUGAGAGUAGAACGGUGUGGUAUUCGGAACUACCCAAUUUCGGAAGUUAUUGAACUAUAUGUAGACUUUUGCACUAGCACGGAACGCUACAGAGCGAAAUCGUAAAGCGUUGACUACCAGCCAUAUCUGAUUGUUGUGUGUAGUUAUGGCUCGCAAUUAGACACCACACGUAAAUGAGAACCUGUCUAACGGUCCGGACGAUAAUGCAUUGAUUCUUACGGGUACAAAAUCUGACCCCAGACUUUUGAGGAAACGUUUUUAAAGUCCGUCACACCCUAACAUUGACUCGUUUAUAAUUUCAGUGCUUUUUCAUGAUUCGUCGAACAGGUUAGUCAAUUGAUUACUUUUUGCUGGGUUCUUUUCUCCUUCUU